UUGAUAAAUGAUUGUAGUACCUCACAACCAGCAGCUGGUAUUUAUCUUUUAGGAGAGGCAAUCACAUGCUUCGAUUGUCAUUCGGAUCAAGGUACUUGCAAUGACGGGGAAUGCGACGGUGCUGUUUGCAUCAAAAUGGAAACAUCAAACAAAGACAAUGGUUCGUUGAAAGUGAUUCAUUCCACGGUGAGACAGACAUUAUUGUUUUCAGAACGACGCACCGUACACAAAGGAUGUGGUGAUGAGAUAGAAGAAAGUGGCUGUCAACAAAGUGGAUUCGGUUCCAAAUGGACAUCCAGAUGCGUUUGUGAACGUUCGUUGUGCAACGGUGAUGCGGCGUUGAUAGCUGCAGGCUUAGAACCAUCCUCAGGUACAAUCACCAGUUCAAUGCCAAUCACGCAAUUGGCAUUACUGUCGUUUGUGCUCUUCUUUAUUGCUGUAUCAUGCUCCUUAUUACUCAUCAAUACACUCUGUGUGCAUUGUUGUUAA